AACCCUUCGGGCGCGGGUCCCGCCGGACUCACCCGCUGGGGACCCGCCGCCAGAGCGAGAACUAGCACCGCCCAACGGCUGUGGCGCGCGCCGGCUUUUGCCGCCGUCGGGUCAUAGAGCCGGGAACAGAGCCGCCCCAGACCAUAGAGCGGAGCCGAGUGCCAGAGCGGCCGACUCGGCGGGAGGCUAGAGCGACGCUGGAGAUAGCGUUGGCGUGCUGGUUUCCAGGCAACAGUAGUAAACAGUCAGUGCGCAGCGCCCGCAGCCGCCCAGCGCGGCUGGAGGCCCAGGCACUGAAUGGCUCAGCUGCAACUGGCUGUGUGUCCACCUUUGGAUUCUAUGGUGGCAGCUCCCAGUCUUCCAUUGACAGGGCAGAAGAGAUACCAUCCUAAGGCCCUUGGGCACCAGUCCCGGCUAGAACACCUGAAGAACAACUUCCAGCAGCAGCUCCUGCGUGACAAGGAGGAAAAACUGAAGGAUCUUUGCAUCUGCAAAAGCCGGAGUUAUUCCUGCUCUCUCUUUUCUGGGAGCAACCAGCAAGACUCUGGACUUGAAGGCUUCUACUCUGCUGGACCCCACAGCAGGUAUCUCACCAGCCAGACCAGUACUUUGCCCUCCAAGUGGGCAGCCAGGCGGAGAGAAGGGGUGGACCGGUCCUACCCUCUGAAACCAGUCUUUCACCGCAAGGCUGAGAGUGUUCCAAUGGUCAGCACAGGUCCGCUCAGGAGCUCACCACCCAUGACUGAAUCUCCCAGCAACAGAUCUAGCUCAAAGAAGAGAGGGAAGUUGCCAGCAGCCAGGGCCCAGCCAGCUGUAUUCCCAUCUCCUUUGGCAGCAGAGCAGCCUAAGCAGUCAGCCACCCAUCCAAGCAGGGCAGAGUUGGGUUACAUCCAAAGGCUGGAGGCAGCUGGGCAGAGCCUGGAGGAGGAGAUCCGAAGGAAAGAGGCCCUCCUCAGGGAGAAGCUGAGGAGAACAGAGGAGGAGCUCAGGCGGAUCCAGAGAGAGAAGCAGCAGGUGGAGGUGGAAGAGAGAAAGGAGAGAGAGGGUCUGAGGAUGCCAGAGAGGAAAGCGGCAGGGCUUUCUGGAGGGAACAUUUUCCGGGCUAUAGCCAGGCCCAGUGAGGGGGACUGUGAUUGGGAGCAGUCUCCAGAGGGUGCCAUGCCCGUGCCAAACAAUACCCACCUUCCCCAUGUGCUGGGCAUAGAGAGACUCAAGAAGGGGCGGCUGGUGGCCAGCAACAGCAAAAUUCAAGAGCACAUGUCUUUGGAGAGCAUGGCCUCCUGUUCAAAGUUGAUCAUGAAACACAGCCAGGGUACACCUGCAGCAGCCCCCUCAGAACAAGACCCUGCAGCAGAACUGUUGCAUUCACAGGCUCCCAUUGGCACGGAGCAGGGAGAGCUAGGAGAGUGUGGCUUCUGUGGGCGUAGGUUUCUCCACCUCCGGCUGGAGAAGCACAUGUAUGUUUGCAGCAAAAGCCAAGGCUCCAAGAGGAAAGUAUUUGACUCAAGCAUGGCCAGAGCCAGGGGAACUGAGCUGGAGCAAUAUCAGCACUGGAAGGGCAAAAACACCACCCAGAAUGAGCCACCCAAGAACAACUGGAGACAAAAGCAUGAGUCUUUCAUCCGGACCCUCCGCCAGGCCCGUGAGAUGCAGCAUGUGAUCUCCAAAGGGGGGAAGCUCUCAGACCUGCCACCACUGCCCCCUGUAGAGAACCCAGACUAUAUCUCCUGCCCCCACUGCAACCGCCGCUUUGCACCCAAGGUGGCUGAGAGACAUAUUCCCAAAUGCAAGACCAUCAAGAACCGACCCCCCCCACCACCACAAAGGAGACGUUAAGGAUGGCACACUGCAAUGAAUCCUAGCUCCCUCUCCCAAACUGGCUUCCAUCUAGAGGAAGCUUUGUGUUCUUCCCAUCCCCCAAGUUGGCUGCUAACUUUUAAGAUAUCCCCAUGUAAUGUGAGUAAGAAGCUCAGGCCCCAUGAACAGAAUACUAAAGUGCUUGUACUUUGAGUUGCAGCCAGUGGUUCCUGAGUGUGUGCAGAUAGGUCCAUGACAGUUUAGGCCACUACCCUACUGCUGCUGGUUCCCAUUUCUUCCCCUUCUACAGCUCUUCACAAGGAGUUCCAGUUCUCUUGAUGGAAGAGAUUGCUGGGUCUGGCUGUGAGUGGGAGGAUGUCCAUGAUGUCCCUUGUGUAGGGAAUGGGGUUGUCGGUGGGACAGCAGCAAGGGAAGAACCACCAUGGAUAAGCUGGUCCUCAGAAUCAUGGUUGGGGCUAUGGGCAGGUGGUGGGGGUGGAAGGUUGAGGGCUCUUUCCUCUGACAUGAAGUAGUACACAGUGUGGGGCAGAGGUCAUCCAGAUCUCACAGAUGGAAAGAAGCCCUUUAGUUAGGCACUAACAAUGCUCAGCCUUGAACCAGCCACACAAAAAUACCGCUUCCCUGCUGAGAUUAAACUGAUAUUUGUAUAAACGAGGAGGCCUUGUAGCACCUUAGAGCCUAACAAAUUUAUUUGGGCAGAAGCUUUCGUGGGCUAAAACCCGCUUCAUCAGAUGCAUGGAGUGAAAAAAAACAGUAAGCAGAAUUCAUGUGCUAUGAAUUCUGCUUACUGUUUUUUCCACUCCAUGCAUCUGAUGAAGUGGGUUGUAGCCCACAAAAGCUUCUGCCCAAAUAAAUGUUAGGGUCUGAGGCAGAGGUGGGCAAACUACGGCCCAUGGGCCGCAUCUGGCCCAUGGGACCCUCCUGCCCAGCCCCUGAGCUCCUGGCCCAGGAGGCUAGUCCCCCUGCUGCCCGCUGCCUCAGCUCACUGUGCUGCCAGCACAAUGCUCUGGGCAGCAGGGCUGUGAGCUCCUGGGGGCGCAGCUGCAGAGCCCGGCCUGACCCAGUGCUCUGUGCUGUGCGGCAUGGCUGCCUGUCCUGGUGCAGCCACGCUGCCAGCCACCGGUGCUCCAGGCAGCGAGAUAAGGGGGCAAGGAGUGGGGCAGGGGGGGUUGGAUAAAGGGCAGGGGAGUUCAGGGUGGUGGUUAGGGGCCUGGAGUGUGGAUAGGGGUCAGGGUGGUCAGAGGGCAGGGAACAGGGGGGUUGAAGGGGCAGGGGUCCUGGGGGGCAGUCAGGAAGGAGAGGAGGGGUUGGAUGCAGCAGCAGCGGGCAGUCAGGGGACAGGGAGCAGGAGGGCUGGGUGGGGUACAGGUCCCAGGGGGGCAGUCAGGAAUGAGAGGAGGGGUUGGAUGGGGUGGCAGGGGCAGUCAGGGGUGGGUGUUCCAGGGGUGGUCAGGGAAAAGGGGUUGUUGCAUGGGGCAGGGGUCCUAGGUGGGGGGGGGCAGUCAGGAAGGAGAGGGGGUGGAUGGGGUGGCAGGGGGCAGUUAGGGGUGGAGGGUCUGGGGGUGGUCAGGGAGGGGUGGCAGUCAGGAAUGAGGAGGGGUUGGAUGGGGCAGCUAGGGUGGGGGGUCCAGGGGCAGUCAGGGACAGAGAGCAGGGGGUUGGAUGGGGCAGGAGUCCUAGGGGCAAGAAGCAGUGGGGUUUGGAUAGGGGGCGGGGGCCAGGUCAUGCCUGGCUGUUUGGGGAGGCACAGCCUCCCCUGACUGGCCCUCCAUACAAUUUUGGAAACCAGAUGCAGCCCUCAGACCAAAAAGUUUGCCCGCCCCUGCUCUAAGAUGCCACAAGGACUCCUCCUUGCUUUUGCUGAUACAGACUAACAUGGCUACCACUCCAAAACCUGAUAUUUAUAUGUUAACAGCCUGACUGUGCUGAAGGAAGCGCCUGCCUGCAAAACAGCUGGGGAGUGGGCUGGAAUUCUACUGCUGUUUAGCUGCAGAUGCUGGCACAUGAAAGCCCCCAAAGAUCAACUCUCCAGCUUCAUCCGCCAAGCCUGUGUGGCUGUCUCUGGGAAGAGCAGGUGGGAGGGAGUUCUCGGUUCCUACAGUAGAGAGGCCUUGUGUGGGAUGAUACAGUAGUUUGGAUAAGUCAGGGAAGGUAGUUUCCUUGCAGAGAGACAGGGAAGAUAAAUGACAUUAGUACAUUAGAACAACGUACAAAUUACAACUUUCCUUCCCUCUGUUUCUAACAGUCCCUAGAGGCAGAAUCCAGAACUGCUUCCCUCUCUCAGCUGCUUUUUGUGCUCAGUCCUGUUUAUUUUUGAGCUGAACAAUGAAAACAGAGCAGGUAGGCUCAUUCCGUGCUUCUCCUGCAAUAGCCCACAGGAGGAUUUAUUUAGCUUGUUUCCACUGGAUUCAGGAAAAUCCUCAGACUGUUUCUAUUGGACUUUGGGUCAGUAACAUUUUGCUUUUAAACAUCCAAAACCCUUAAUUUGGGGCCAUGUUUGACAUACCAUCUCUUUAAUCGGAAGAGCAGACUGGGGAGGGGGACCCAUAAAAUGCAGCUUCAGCACAAGAAUUCCUUGGGGCAGAAAGCUUACAGAUGGGGCCUCAUAGUAGCAGGGGAGCUAUGCAUCACCAGCCACUUACUGAGUAUUUGGAGAGGCAUCUUUCAGCCCAAGUGUGCUUGUUCCAGUGUCAACUGUGGAAUGGUAAAGACUCCUAGAGCUAGGACAGGGCCUUUAGGCUACAGGGUGACUGUUACAAAGGGAUUACUUACCAGGUACACAAACUUGGACUCCAAUGCAAGGUUCUUUCCAGCCUCAGUUUUUCAUGGAGAGCAUCCAGGCUGACAGAUGUCUUUAGGCCCUAUGUAAGUAGCAGGUUGUUCAGUACUAACGAAGCCCUAGCAGGUGGGUCCCAAGCAGUGUAGGGAUACCAAUGGAAGAACAAGUAAUUCACGAGAGGAGAAAAUGAACAAAAAAGCCCAGUAACUUUUUCUUCAAGGCACAUGGUGGUCCUGCCCCAACUCAGCACAGCCUGGGGAAGAUACACAGGGGCCAGACUGAACUAGGCUUAGUCAGAGGCUGGAUAUUUGGAAAUAGUCCUUGACUGUUAGAUGUGGAAUAGUCUCCCAAGGAAAUAGGAGACCUCCUGUCCCCAAGAUAAGUGGGCAAAGCUCCCUCCCUUGGGACACUAUGGUAGUGCUCAAAAGCCCCAAUUAGUGUUAAAACUGCAUGGUGCUGUGCACUGUGCAAGCAUUGAAGAGCUUACAGCCUAGGAAGAAAUAUUAAAAUCCAGAGACAGGGUCUGAAAUGGGUUCAACAUACAUGCAGAGUGAUCAUGGGAGGCUGGGCACAUGGCUUAGUAACUCCAUUUCUGGUUUUGUUAUUAUGGGAUAGCAGUGAGGUCACAGGAAGGCUGGAGAGGAGUAUAUAGCAAGAAAAUGGGGAAGGGGGGAGAGUGGAAAUUCAUCUGAACUGAUAGAUAAAUUUAUUUUUAAAAUGAACUAAACAUGAAACUAGUUUAAGAAAAUCAGUAUCGUAACCCCUGUGAUGUGUUUAUAUUAAAUCCAAUUUUACAUGAUCCUCACCCUGUUCUCAGUGUGCCAAAGGCUGACGGUGUCAACAAUGCUGAUCUGCAUCACAGAAGUCAGCAGGGGAAGUUGGUAGGGAUAAUGGGGCUCUUGGGAAGUUGUGGGAGGCAGUUUGGGAUUGUGUGAUAAACACGUUCACGGCAAGUUUCUGUGAAAAAGAUGAGCAGUUUAAAUAGUUAAUGGUGACACUGAAGUUGUAGACCAAAUUGUCUGCUGGGGUUACAUCACUGAAGUCAAUGGAAUUAUGCCAGGAGAUAAUUGGCUUGCCAUAUUUAUGUUUCAGAGUCAACAAUGGGCAGUUCACUCCUCUUGUUGAGCUAUCGUUUCAGUUUGUCUGCAGACUCAGGCAGGCAUACAGAUACCAUUGAAUACAGGAGACCCUGAUUAAAACCUCAGAGUUUUUAAUAUUCUGUUUUUACAGCACCCAGCACAAUGGGACCCUGAUCCAUGACUGAUGCUCUUAGGUGCUGUGGUAACGCAAAUAAAUAAUCAGAACUGGCAGCAGUGCCGCUUAUUACAACUACUGAAUAGGUGACUGUGGGAGACUUAACACUCUAGUAAAAGCUCUUCUAAGAGAGCCAGGAUUUUGUUCCUUUGGACCCCAUCUCUUCCUGCUGCUCAUACCCCACAUGGCACCAUUGGAGCUGUGGUAAAAAUGGCAUCAUCAGGAAGAGAAGCAGCAUCAAGAGACCAGGUGUCUCAUGGAACACAGAGCCUCUUUUCAUGUAGAUGUCCCUAGUAAAGCAAAACUUGCCACUUUUUCACAGCAAUGAACCUUCCCCUAAGCUGACUGCGUGCACACUUUCCCCACACCUCUUGGUGGAAUGAAAACACAGGAGACCCUGCUCCAAGCCGAGAUUCUGCCUGGAGGGGAGGUGGGAAUAUGCACAGAGUCAGGACACACCGGAGAAUUAGUUUAAACAUUUAUUUAAACAAACUACAAACCACUCCACUCUUUAAUCUUUCAAAGAAAGAUAAUGACAAACUAGUUAUUCUGCCAGUGUCAGAGCAGGCAUAAGUCGUGUUCCACUAUAACAACUCAAGAGCAAAACUAGCAGGAGACUGACGUAUGGAGCUAGCAAUGCAAAAAGGGGAGAAGUCAAAAGGGUUUUGAAACUGUUCAAAGGCACUUCUACCCACUUGCCCUUCACUUUCCAGCCCAAAACUGGGUUUAAACUGCUUUUCUGGUUGCACAGCUAGCUGGUCUGUAAUAGGCACAACUUGUAUAGCGUGAAUCCUCUAAGGCACAUAUGAGGUUGUGGAGCACAGGACACCCUCUGCCAGGGAUCUGAAUCCUCUACUAGAUCCAAGGGGAAUCCAGUCUUCCCAGCUGUAGAGCAUUGAGAAAGGAGAUAGCAGUGCACUGCAGGAGAGCAACUCCCAUCAGCUUGGUGCUCGCUUAUUGGACAUGGCUUAGGCUUAGUACUUCACUCCUUCUCAAAGCCACUGCUGCAACAUGACAGACUCCAUCUCCACUGCAGCAAAAGAAUUCUUAUGCUGGGACUCCUAACCUGAGAACUGACUCCAAUACAUAUGGGAGAAGAGAAGACAGUGUCACCAACAGUAACCAAGCAACGCUUGAACUUCUGGCAUUCAAGACCCUACAUUGGGGCUGUCUCUCUCCUUCCCGCUCUACAACGAUAAGGACAGCCAGACUGAGGUCUAACUCUGCCCAGGUUCCUGCUCAGAACAGACUGCAUUUGAUUCAGCUCUAGUAUACUACAGUGAUAGGCACUAGAGAAGAACCUAAGAGAGCACUGACUCCAAGCAGGAUGCUUUGGCAUCUGUCCCCAGGUAGAGAAUUUCAUCAAGAAAGACGUUAGCACCCUUAAACAGUCCCCACAAGGGAAGAAAAGUCUAAGGCAGGUGAAAUAGCUCUCAUUGAAAGAUUCAAGGCAAAACUAGAGACACACCGGUGAUGGAGACAGUUUUAGGGAUAAUGAAAUCACAACCCCACCCCAUUGCAUGGGAGGAGAAGACUCUGCUUCCUAGAAGCCCCACCUUGGGGAAGGGUGAGGGACUAGUUUCCCCCUAGAGGCCCAUCCCAACCCAAAAAUCCACCCCAAGCCAAUUUGUUAAACAAAUUUAGAAAACUCUCAUUCCCUACUAGGGAUAUGGGAAAGUUUCAAAUGUCAGGCCACUUCAAGUUCCUUGGAAGAGAGAACCUUGUGCAGCUAGAGAAGGGGUGAGCUUUAGACUGAGGCCUAACCAUCUACUGCCCUUGGGAAAGAUGCCUUCUGUGUACACUGCAGGAGAGACCCAUGCUGAGGGGACAGCUGUGCUCCCACUUUGUCAAAACAAUGGAG